GGAAGAAAAAGCAUCCAUAUAAGCCCGGUUGUUAGCUUUAUGUUGACCCGGUUUUCAACAUAACACAUUCUAUCUCUACUCUCUUCUACUCCCAACAAAGUUAUCACUCUUCUCAACUAAAGCUUGAGGCUUGUUGGAAUCAACAUUUUCUUGAUCACACACAUACACUUGUAAUGGCUUCUUCUAAGAUCUUCUUAUACCAUUUACUUCUCCUGUUUUUUGUACUUGGAGACCCAAGAUUAUAUGCGAAUGGGGACACCAAGUUAAUGAAGAAAACAUGCAGGCACACAAAGUACUACGAUCUAUGCUUCUCUUCCCUGAAAUCAGAUCCAACAAGUUCAAACGCGGACCCAAGGGGACUAGCAAUGAUCAUGGUUGGGGUUGCCAUGGCCAAUGCAACAUCCACUUCUUCCUACUUGUCUUCUCAGUUGCAUAACCCGGCCACCAAUGACACUACCUUCAAAAGGGUCCUUAAAGAAUGUUUAGACAAGUACACAUAUGCAGGUGAAUCACUUCAAGCUUCUGUUCAAGAUUUGGCUGAUCAAGUCUAUGAUUAUGCUUACAUGCACGUUUCUGCGGCCAAAGAUUAUCCAAAUGUUUGCCACAACUUGUUCAAACAGAAUCCUGCUUUGGUUUACCCUCCUGAACUUGCUCGUAGAGAGAAUGCUUUGAAGCAUAUAUGUGAUGUUGCCAUGGGGAUUAUUGAUGAUUUUAAUUGGUAUUAGAAUAAUUAGUAUUUGCAAUUGCAUAUUAAACCAUUUUCUUUCUUGUGCUUAUUAUAUAUAUUUUCCUUUUAAUUUGAGUCUAUUAUCAAAUUCCUCACUAAUCGUUUGUAAGUAUAGAUCCUUAUGAAAUUUUAGUUGUGUUCAUCAGUACAAUUUUGCCAUUACUCUGUGUAAAGCCAACAAUCACGGCACAUUUGAAGGCAUUUGCGUGUUUAUAGCAUUAAUUAGUGGUCCAUUUGUUUGGCUGUAGCUAUCACAUUCACAUGUCACAGGUGUAGUGAAAAAGCAUUACAUAACAUGAGGAUUAUGCAAGAUAUAAAGUUAUAUUAUUUUCUACC